GGGGUGGGGUUUCCUUGACAAGCACCGCCCAUUUCGCUGGGGCACUGGAGGCGCGGCAAGGCGGAGUCGGAGAACCGGGUCCUGGCAGGAAAUGGCUCUGCGGCUGUUCUUCCGGCAGGGCCGCUCUUUCGUCUCCGCCGGCGGACAAGCCAGCUCAGCUUUUCUGCACAGUUCUUUGGGAAGUAAUACCUUUAGUGCAAAACGAAGUACUGAACCCACCAAGCAACCUCUUAAGAAGCCAGUAACACCAGUAGGUCGUUUUGAUACACCAGAAGAAUCCAAUGUAGAAAAGGAGUCACUAGAAAAAUUUCCUGAUGAUGUCAAUCCAACGACAAAAGAGAAGGGUGGUCCCAGAGGCCCUGAACCAACUCGUUAUGGGGAUUGGGAACGAAAAGGACGCUGCAUUGAUUUUUAACUCCUUUUUUUGGGGUGGGUGGGGGAAUGACAUUUGAGUGAAAAUAAAACCAAAAAGGGAGGGGGGAGAGAAAACCACUUUACCCACAUAAACCAAAAUGUUCGCAUUUAUCUGUAACGAAGUGUCAUAUUUGUAGUAUUUAACUAGAAUCUCUGUGGAUGUUUAUGGUUAAGUAUAAUGAAAUUGCAUUUUAAUAAACUAAUGUGGAUAGGUUCUCCACUGUUGAUUUGGAUUAAUCUACAACAUUAUUAAGAAAAGAUGUAAAACACUGCAUGAGAAAGUCUGGUAAAACUAAAGUUUACUUUAUAGGUUUUCAAAGUGAGUAUUUUGACAUUUUGGUGAAAUUCCAUGACGGUGAUAGGAAUGCAAUAGGAUUUUAUUACUGUUGCAAUAUUAAACAUACUUAUUGAAAAAAAA